AGCAGUUUAAGUCAUAAGUGAGAAAAUGAUUAAGGUUCAGUGAAAGCAGCAUCAAGUCAAACAACUUUUCUCCGCCUCUCUCGUUUAUUGCGCAACUUUCUGAGUCGUUGGAGAGGAAGCUUCCCAAACGCGGAGAGGAUAUUGCAAAAUAUGCUUUCUCAAACAUUCCUGUGACUAUGGAGAAGUGCCACGAUAGUCUGGCCAUAUACGUGCUCUUUAGGGUCCGAUGAAGAACGUUAAACAUGUGUACUUGACUCAAGUACAAGGCGAGUUUUUACUGAAGGGAAUCAUGAUGCUUUGGGAACGACUGUAGGUAGAUAUGGGUCGGUCGUCCCUCAUUUUUCUGGUCGCUGUACUUUGGGCAGCUGAAUGUGGUGUAAUAUCAACUAAAGAACCUCUAGGUUCAGGUUCCUGCAAGGAUUUCAAACAGGCGUUUGAUCGGACGUUCUCGAUCCCGGGUGAAGUGGCGAUAAUGGAGUGCCCACUGCUGCUCCAUUAUUUCUUUGAUCCUGCAGAAACGAUGUACAACGUCACAUGGUACGAUGAGAGAACAGGGUCUGAGAUCACAGAGCUGGAGCAGAGCAUCAUGCUCAAGAAAACACAAGUGUGGUUCUUCAACGUCACCCUGCAGCAACAAGGAAAAUACACAUGUGUGGUCAGGACUGUAAAUGAGUGCUACAAACAGGCGACGGAGCUGGUGGUGACCGAAAUGACGUCGGAAAACUGUGUGAGACCGCAGAGGGGACUCCAGCGGCUCAAUAUUCAUGUGAAUGAUCUCCUCGCCUGCCCUCUGAGGAAAUAUUUAGCGAGUGUGGACAGUCCAUCCAUCCAGUGGUACAAGAACUGUGAGCUCCUUCAAGAAGAUGAGAAAUUUGGCCCAAAUAAAGAUAUGCUCAACAUAAUCAAAGUAAAUCACGAUGACGCCGGAUUUUACACCUGCAAAAUGACCUUUCGUUUAGCUGGAGUCAUCCGUGAAAUGGCCGAAACUAUAGAGUGUGAAGUGAAAGAGGAGCAAUUAAUGAAACCACGAAUGAUCGAGCCUAUUAAUGAGAUCAUCAAAUUGGAGAGGGGUUCAUCCUUCAGGAAGGACUGCGUCAUCGAAGUUCAGGGCAAAGGCAUUUCCACGGUUGACAUGAUCUGGACAGUCCUGCUGGAGUCUGACGAGGAGUUAAUCUCCCGUAACACGUCACAUCGCAUUCAUCAGGAGCCCAUGAAGGAAAGCCGAACGGAGGAUGGCUAUCAUGUGGUGCGAACGCUCUCGCUGUCUGCCGUAUCGGAGGAGGAUUUCUAUUUGAACUUCACCUGUGUGGUGUUCAGCACCCGAGGACAUUCCAGCGGUCAGAUCACACUCGUCCCUGCAGAUCCGAACCUUUUAUUGCCUCUUGGUCUUCUCCUGGGCUCGGUGGCAUUGCUCUUCGUGACGGGUGUGCUUCUGUGCACCAUAUUCAAGGUGGAGCUGGCCUUGUGGGUCAGGACUGUGUUUCCAUUCAUCUACAAAACCACAGAUGGUGAUGGUAAACAGUAUGAUGCAUACAUCGCCUAUCCUAGAGUACUCGAGGGCUCAAGCGAAAAGGCUGAGAUUUUUGCGAUGAGCACUUUGCCGCAGGUUUUGGAGGGCCAGUACGGUUAUAAGCUGUUCAUCCUGGGCCGGGACGGCCUGCCUGGGGAAGCUGUGGUGGACGUGGUGCAGGACGCUCUGAGCCGCUGUCGCAGACUGCUGCUGCUCUACACGGCGUCGUCGCUCUGCAGCCCGGAGGCGCAGGAGUGGGCCGAGCAGCAGACGGGUCUGUACUGCGCGCUGGUGGAGAACUCCAUGAGCGUGGUGCUGCUGGAGCUGGAGGAGAUCCGCGAUCCGCUGCGCCUGCCUCACUCCGUGCGCCUCCUCAAAGACAAACAGGGAGCUUUGCAGGCCUGGAAGAGAAGGAAGAGGUGGGCGUUCUGGGACGGGAAGUCAGAGCGUGUGACCUCUCUGGAGCCCUCGGCGCGCUUCUGGAGGGAGGUGCGCUACCAUAUGCCUGUCAGAGGCAAAGCUAAACAGAGAAACUGGUUUAGUUUCUAGAUGAACACUAAUGUGAAUACUCAGGGUCAGGUUGUAAAGUUCCCGGAUGAAUCAUAACAAUGCAGUCUUUCCUCUCUUUGUUUUUUUGUUUGUUUGUUUGUUUCUGAGGAGAAAAACUAGACAAGACGAGGCCAAAAGAAAGAGAAAUUAAUACUUUUAUUCAUCAAGGAUGCAUUAAAUUAAUCAAAAGUGACAGUAAAGACAUUUAUAAUGUGACAAAUUAUUUGUAUUUCAAAUAAAUGCUAUUCCUUUGAACUUUCUAUUCAUCAAAACAUCCUGAAAAAUAAAAUGAAUCAGUUUACACACAAAUACGAAGCAGAACAACUGUUUUCAAAAUUAUUAUGUUAUUGUUUUCAACAUAUUUCACAAUUUUUACAGUUUUUAGAGUAUUUUUGAUCAAAUAAAUGCAGCCUUGGUGAGCAGAAGAGUCCCCUUUCAAAAAAAGAAAAAGUAAUAUUUAAUAUAACUAAUUACUAAAUAUAUAUAUAUAUAUAUGAGAUAUAAGAGAGGUGUUUUUUUUUUUUUUUGGAGAAAAUGAAUUGGAUUUUUUCUUCUGGAACUCAACUGUUUCUCUGAUUGCAACCUCAAAAUAUCGACCACAAAACUGUUCAUGAGGCCCCAGAGAUGAAUCGUAAGGCCUGUUUGUGGCUUGAACAUGAAACCAGACCUGAUGUGGUUCAUGAUAUUUUCUGGUUUACACGAGAGGUACGUCAGAGUGUGCUGAGAAUGAGAUAAAGAAAACUGUUGCACAUAAAGAGUGGGCAGAAAAAAGCAUCUGUAAAUAAAAUAUGAAAAAAUAGCAUUAAUUAUGUACAUAAGAGAUUUCUUACGAUUUUGUUGUGGGAUACAUACUGUGCAUUGGUCAUUAUAUAAUGCAAAAUUGGAUUGUCUCACAUUCUGUUGAGCAGUCCUAUGUUAAUUUUUAAGAUUUUAGCUCCAAACAUACCAUAUGGUUUUAUGUACAGUAUGGAUUACAUUUUUACUGUAAAUAGGAAGAGACCGAAAACGAUUUGUUAAAAUGUUAAAAUACCAUCUCACUCUAAGUAAUCUGUUUGUAGUUUGACUUCCUGCAAGUGUACCUCUGACACUUAACACAUUGUUCUGUUUGUUUGAGCAUGCUGUUUGUUAGCCGGGACUAUCCGUUUGUCCCAGUCAAUGCAGAUGAAACCUGUUUGAGGACGGUCAUUGGUUCUGCUGUUCUGUUUGACAGCUAAAAGUACAUUAGUGACGUGCUUCUCCUUUUCAGCUAAAAAAAAAAAGCACCAACCGCAAACACCGACCCAGAUUCUUCUCCACGGAUUUCCGUUCAAUGCUACCAGUUUCUGUGACCCACGACUUCAGUCAGAUCAUACACAUGUACGAGUUAGGGUUCGAUCAGUUUAAACAUGUAAAAUAAACCGAAAUGAAACAUCUGUGAGCAAUCUGUCAUAUAUAUAUAUAUAUAUAUAUAUAUAUAUAUAUAUAUAUAUGCAUGCAUACAUGCAGGUAAUUCUAGAAUUGGGGGUGCAUUUCACGUCUUCUAGGUAAACGAUUUAUAUUAAGCUAUCACCAAAAAUUUUGUCUUGAAAAUAAUAACUGAAAGACUGCCACUACACCUAUUAUUGACUGUCUUCGCCUCCUGAUUCAUACAUUCAGCUUGAAUUAUAAUGAAAUAAUUAAGUCUAAUUUUCAUAUUUUGUGUUUACUCAAGUUACAUAAUUGCAUAAAAUAUCUAAUUUUUGGAAUAUUUGUAAUUUCAUUAAUAAAACAAAAUACAUUUUGUGUCUGUCCCUACGUUCUGGUCAACUCUGUUACUUCAGUUAUAAAUAGGCAUAAAAAUCUUUAAAGCAUUCAUAGAAAAAACAUGUGACUUGCACCAAGUGAUGUCACUUCCUUUGCUAGGAGUCUUUGGAAGGCAUUGAUGUGUGUCUUUAUUCCCAUUAAUUUGUACAAAAUGUUUAGGAUACACCAAUAGUAGAUGAAUUAUUUGUCAAAUCUGUUAUUGUGAUUUUGCUGUGACUCUCUCAUUCACUUUUUAAAAACAAUAAUAUGAUGGAAAUCCAUAAAAUUCUGUUUUAGACAUGCCGUGUGGUAUCUGGUUUGAGGGUUAGCAUCUUGAGCUAAAGCACAAAAUGGUGGAAAAUGUCAACUCUGUUAUUGUCAACUCUGUUAGUUUUUUAAAAAGUUUAAUGAUAACAGAGUUGACAAUGAGUAACAGUCAAAUGUUCCCAAUCACAUUCAAGUAUUUUGCAUUAUUAUUGUUUAUUUUGGAUUCUGGGUCAUUUUACUGUAAAUGAUACAUUUGUUUUACAUCAUUACAGGCUAAAGAAAUUGAAUUACAGGUAAAUUAACCUCUCAGCAGCAGAAAGGCAAGGGCAACAGAGGGCACAGCGACAUGCUGACCCUGUAAGGAAGACAGAAAAUAGACAGAGACAGACGACACAAAAGGAAAAAAGCACCACUACUCAAAAUUAAUGUUUUGCUCUAAUGUUUAUGAAUACUAAUGUAAACAUAUGGCUACAAAGAAUUACAACAUUCUUGCAAACUGCUGUUCCUUGAAUCAAGAGCUCUGUCUUUUAUUAUGUCUAUAAAAAAACUUGCAUAGUGCACAUUUAAGUACUAAAUAAAGACAUAUGGGCACAAAUUGCCAAUAAUUGAUUUGCA